CAAAAGUUGCUGAACCGGUACGUGCUAAAGGUCGGUUACCUGUCCAACCCACGUAACGGAAAUCGUGUCAACCCGUCUCGUCACGGAAAAUUCCUCACAGAAUUUCAAGACAAUUUCCUUCUACAAGUUCUAGGAUGGACAUGUGACCGUAAUCUUUCACUUACAAGGGCGUACCUCUCAACUGCCUGCAACAAGAUUUUACAUAUUAAGCUUCAGUCAAGGAGGCAAGAUGGACAAGGAAACGUUGGUACACAACAUCGAGCUACCCGUGCACGAGAACGGCGAAACUGAGGUGGUGGCGGAGGCAGUAGUUUUGGAACGGAAUGACGUCACGGGACAGACUAACCCAGUUUACGAAGACGGAACAAUCCAGAAGGAAAUAGAAAAUGACCAUGUCAAACAAAAUGGAACACAGAGCGGUGCAGGACCGGACUCUACGCCAGAUGGCGUUAUUCUAAGUGUCCAGAAUCUCCAAGUAGAAGGUUCUACCUCAGUCCAAAUCGACAAGAAAGACGACAAGAAAGGAGAAGAGGUCCGAGAGGGCAUUAGAAAGACUCUGUGGUACUUGUGUAGCGGGUUUGGCUGCUGUAUUCCUGUGUGGAUAGCGAAGGGUGUCAAGGAAUCUCGUAUGGCAAAAGCGGCCAAGAAGGAAGGGAACAUAACCACCUAUCAGAUGUUGAAGAACAAAGUGCAGUACAGGUGGAUGAUAGCUGUCAUCCCAUUGGUCAUCUUUAUACCAAUCAUCAUCAUCGUUCUGGUGACGCGUCUUACCUGAGGACCAUUCCAUUCUUGAAAUUUCGCAGGGGUGGACGAGCAGUUUUACCUUUCCUCUUUCAUCAUAACUAUUAUUGUUUGUAUGACUUGUUGAGCUGGUUGCAACAUAGAUAGUGUUUGCUAGUCGAUAUGAUAUUUUUGUGCCUAUUUUCCUUAGGGUAUUCUUGAGUUUAAAGCUACCUCUUCAUAUGUAUAGUUAUAUAUUCUGCCAAUGCAUGCCAAUUAAUGCCAAGAGAGCUAGUUAUUAACUAGUAUAUAUAUAUAUUAGUCUAUGUUUAUCUAAUCUUUCAGCAACAUGUUAAUGACAAACUGUAUCAUUUUUUUUCUGAUUCUAGGAAUAGUACAUUUCUAUCAAAGCCCACAUCAUAAAUAUAAAUACUGAUGAUUCAAGUUAAUGUUAAGUUUAAGAAACAAGUAAAUGGCAGUAGUUAGUGUUCUUAUAUAUUUUCACAGACAAACUAACAUAAUGUAGAUAUGUUUUAUCUUUUAGUCUAUUUUGUAUAUUAUGUGAUACAAGUGCUGUUGUUUUUCUGACUUUGAAUUAGUUUGUACUGCCAUGAGGACAACUACAUGUAACAGGAUUGUCUGAAUGAGGUUUUGUGACCUGGGAAUGUUCCACGUUAAUAUUAAGGGGUGGUGCAACUGAAUAUUGUUUUAACACAAAGACGAAUAAUAUGCUUAUAAAGCUUAAGUAUCUUAUGUAAAAUACGCGAAUGUACUUUUAGUGAAAGAGGGGCAAAACAGGCAGGUACUGUGAUUGUGUAUAUAUUAGUGACAUGGAUCUUAAACUCCCCACCUUUUGUGAUAUGCAGUAUUAUACAGAGUAACAAACAUAGCAUUCCUAUGCAAGAAAAACUUAAUAUCUUAAAAAAAUAAAGUUUAUAAACCCUA